GACUCCAGCAGCAUGCCGAGCUAUACGUGUGCUGUUGCUGGUUGUUCCUCUUCUUCGAGGAAACAAAAUGUGGAUGUCAUAGGAUGGAGUGUCUUCCCUAGCAGGAAGAAACAUCCCACGAGAAGGAAAUUAUGGGAAACUAGAUGCAAAAGAGGAGCUGAGUGGCGAGCAACACAGUAUCAUGCAAUUUGCUCUAAGCACUUUGUGGAUUGGCACCAAGAACUCUCAUGCCAGUAUGCCGACCCAGAGCUAUUUGCCUACAAUGACUGGGGCCAGCAGCUACACAAAUACCAGUUUGAGCCAGGCAACAGUGUUCGUGCAGAGGCGGCCAUGCCUUCUUCAGAGGACUCCGAUGGAUGUGUUGGGGACAACCCUGCCCCAGUCAUUCCUGCCAUUGCAGAUAUGCAGGAAGUCCAGAACUACAACCUUGUUGAUGGUGGAACGUCCUCAGUAGCAGCAGUUGAAGGUACAACGAUGUCUGCUAUGUGCCAGCCAGAUGAGGAUCACUCCCACUAUGCAGCAAGUGAUGGUGAUGGUGGUAGUGGUGCUAUGGUGAAACCUGUUGGUGGUGCACUUCAAAAUGAUAAGGGAUUGCCUGUAGAAAAAAGAGUGUGUGAUAUGCAAACUGCAACCAGAGAGAUGAUACUUGCCACAGAUGCAACAGUUUGCACACAUACAGGACUAAAAGACAAAACAGUCCUAAUAAAAAUUUUUGAUAUGAUUUGUAAAUAUGUAAAAGUAAUUGAUUAUUGGAAAGAUCCAAAUACUAACAGAACUGAAGCCAAGAGAGACAGUGUGUCAGGUCAGACUAAAAUAAUUGAUUGGUUUGAUGAAUAUCUAAUGACUCUUGUAUUCAUGAGAGAAGGUUUUUCAAUGAGCAUCUUAAGUACUUUAUUUCAUGUAUCAACUAGUGCAGUAAAUUCAAUUGUUAUAACAUGGAUCAAUGUCUUGUAUGAAUUCAUGAGAGAAGGGCUCAUAUGGCCCUCAGCCAAACAAAUUAGAAAUAGCUUGCCAAGCAGCUUCCCAGCAAAACAUGCAGACAUAAGAGUCAUCCUUGACUCCACAGAAUUUGACCUUGUGAGACCACAAAACUGUUCAGCUGAACCAAGUACAUCAUCUCAGUAUGAGGGGCAGAACACAGUCAAAGCCAUAAUAGGAGUAAGCCCCACUGGAGUCAUAACAUUAAUUUCAAACCCAUAUAGUAACAACACAUCUGACAAACAUAUUGUUGAAACAGAAUUUAUUGAUAAAAUUGAACCAGGUAAUGCAGUACUGGUGGAUGAAGGAUUUGACAUUGGAGACCUCCUCUUGCAGCGUGGUGCUAGGUUACAUAUCACACCUUUUGUAAGCAGAAUAGUAGAUGGUCAAGAAAAGACUCUUGAUGUGAGUGAUAUUGCUAUUCUUAUAAGUAGAGAACUUGCAUCAAAUGCUGUAGCGAGGAUGAAAACAUACAAAAUUCUGAGAAACCUCACUCCUACAUUGUGUACUUUCUUGCAUCAAAUACUUGUUGUAAUUUCUGUGUUCUGUAAUUCAGAUCCUUGUCUUGAAUAAAUAAUUAUUACUGCA